AUGGACGGGAAAGUGGCGUGGAUGCCGUUCCCACCGUACAUGUCUCGCGGAAAAAGUGAGAACAUCCGGCUAGGAGCGAUCAUAGCCAAUCCUUUUCGCCCCAAUGAAGUGCUUACGACUGUCAACAACUCGCUAUUGGAUGCCUUUUAUCCUCGGAUAACAGAGAAACAGCAAAUUAAUCGCUUCUUCACGUGGUUUGCCGGACUAACUGCUCCUUCUUUUUGGAGAAGUUGCUGGGAGCAUUUUUCUAGUGGGAUGUCGAUGUUAUCCAUCAACAAAGAGAAGUACACCAGAUUCGAGCUUGAAGCAAGUGUUCUUGUAACGAAAGAAUUCGCCGAAGAUCCCAAACAAACGGAGGUCGUGUCUCGAUUGGAAAGUCCUACGGUCCACCAGUAUGUGAACGAGCCUACAUGGCUAUCACUGGGACUCUGGAGUCGGGAAAACCCAGUUUACAUGAUUACCGGGCUGAAAUUUGCCAAAGGCAAAGUCGUUUGCCGGAAUAUGAACGUCGAGAUCAAUGAGCUUCGGUUCAGACAUGGCAUAGCCGACCCGAUCACCUGGAUUGAUCCGAAACAGGAGGGCAGUUCGGUACACCAAUGGGAGAAGGACGAGGAAACCAUUGUCGCAUACAAAUUGCUGAAGAUUGAGAAGAACCACCAGCGAAAGAAUGAUUCCGAUGAUGAGCUCAUCCUGACUGAAGCUACCGUGAAGGGCUCUGAAUGCUUCUAUUAA